AUGAGAGGGAAGAGGAAAUCUAUGAUUAGACCGAUGGCGCACUCAUCACCUUCUCGGAAUACGCAGAGCUCAACAAGCACACACGCAGAAAAUCGUGCUUCUCAGAGAGAUGUUAGGACACUACCACCAUGGAUAGACUCCUACGAGGAGGGUGAAGAGAUUCUCAACUCCAAGCCCACAGACCGACUCCUAGCCCCUUCUCGGGUCCAUCCGCCGCAGCACCAAUUUGUUCCUUCAAACCUACCUCGGAGGAUGUCACAGGAUGGAUUUGUUGAUACUUAUGACGAUGUCUCUCAGGGAGGGCUAGAAAAGAAGCCAGAAACGGGAUUCUUUGGUGGCCAUAAAGAACCAGUGAAAGGUCGAAAAUGGGAUCACGCAAGGGACGGCGACCCAGUAAUUAUGCAAUCUCUCUCAACUUCCUCUCCUUGGCGGAUGUACAUCAAGUCCUCAAUGUACGGGCCUGCACAGGAGGAGGAUGGGAAGGUGGUAGACGCAAAUUUCCUGCAACAGCAGACUCCUGGGUAUCAAAAGCCAUGGAGGGGUGAUUUGGAGGGGAAUGGUGAUCCCGAGAAAGGUUUUCUCCACAACAAAAAGAAGCAAAAAUCAAUGAUGCGGAAGGUCCAGGGACAGCACAACCUCCUCAUGCAUCCACUCGUACCAUUGGUAUUUCGAGUCACUGUCCUCAUAACUUCAGUAGCAGCUCUCGGUCUUUCCGCGUCCGUGCACCACCUUUCUAAUAAAUACUUCUACUCGCAAAACCCCUCCACGACUAUGGCUAUCGUGGUAGACAUUGUUGCCAUCCCAUAUAUUCUCUACAUAACGUGGGAUGAAUAUACCGGCAAGCCUCUCGGUCUCCGGUCUCCGAAGGCAAAGAUUCGCCUCGUAUUGCUGGAUCUUUUCUUUAUAAUAUUCGAGUCCGCUAAUUUAGCACUGGCGUUUGCGGCUCUCACGGAUGAUAAUGGCAGCUGCAAGGAGGGUUCCAAUGGGACAAAUAAUGUUAUUUGUGGAAGAGUGGGGGGUUUGUGUGGAAUUUUGAUGGUGGCACUGGUAGCCUGGAGCUUGACAUUUACCGUGAGCAUAUUCAGGCUUGUUGAGCGCGUGGGUGGCAGAGAAGAAAGUGACUAA